GGGAGCCUUCCAGUAGACAGAGCUGGGUUCCUCUGCGACGGGUUGGGACUUGGUAAGCACACGGAGGGAGUCCGCUGAAGAACGAGUAACGGAACACCUUACGGGGAAUAAAGCAAAAUGCCUUCAGACAAAGAUGAUGGUGGAUGGAAGAAGUUUCUAUGGGACUCCGAGAAAGGAGAGGUGCUGGGUCGUACCGGAGGCAGUUGGCUGAAAAUUCUGCUGUUUUACACAGUUUUCUAUGGCUGUCUGGCGGGGGUCUUCAUCGGAACCAUCCAAGCCUUGCUGCUCACCCUGAGCGACUACAAGCCCACCUGGCAAGACAGAGUCGCACCCCCUGGCCUUACCCACACCCCACGAUCAGACAAAGCUGAAGUGGCCUUCAACCUCAAUGACGUGGAGACUUACCUACCUUACACCAAGGCCUUGAAGGACUUCCUGGCCAAGUAUGACGAAGAAAUGCAGAGGGACCAGAUGAAGUUUGAGGACUGCGGAGAGGAUCCUGCAGACUACAAGAACCGGGGUGACUUGGAGAGCGAAGUGGGCAUCAGGAAGGCCUGUCGUUUCCAGAGGUCGCUGCUGGGACCCUGCUCCGGCAUCGAGGACCGCGAUUUUGGUUUCAAGGAUGGCAAGCCCUGCCUGAUUGUAAAGCUCAACAGGAUCGUCAACUUCCGUCCAAGGCCUCCUACCUCUAAUGAAAGCAUCCCUGAAGAGGCUCAACCCAAGGUGCAGCCCAACGUCAUCCCUCUCUACUGCACUAACAAGAAAGAGGAGGAUGCUGGUAAAAUCGGAGAGAUUAAGUACCAUGGUAUCAGUGGCGGCUUCCCCCUGCAGUAUUAUCCCUACUAUGGCAAACUGCUGCACCCUCAGUACUUGCAGCCACUGGUGGCACUGCAGUUCACCAACCUGACCCUGAACACUGAAUUGCGCAUCGAGUGCAAAGUGUUUGGAGACAACAUUGACUACAGUGAAAAGGACCGCUACCAGGGACGCUUUGACAUCAAGCUCCAGGUUAACAGUUUAUGACCGUCAUCAGGACCAUAGCACUUUUCCCUGACUGCCCCACCAUUCCUCCCUCUACCCCCAUCCCCCCUAACCCCCCCCGUCCUUAACUAAAUACCAAUCUGAUAUAGGAGAUGAUAGGUGAGGAGUUAGGCUGUAGCGGUUAAGUCAAUCACAACUAGUCUUAAAUGAAUAAAUGAGAAAAAAAACCUGAUAGGGGACAGAUGUUUAAUCUGUCUGCUUUCAUCACUAGCUUCUACACUACUGUCUAGCGCUAGAAUGUAAUUUAGAGGAAAAGUAGCAAUAGGCCUAAUAAAGAAAUAUUUAUUCUGCUGUAAAUGAGACUUUUCCACAAGCCAUGGGACAUUGUUCAUUGAUGACUGUAAAGUUAAAUUCCAUCUCUGAUGCGUAGCGAGCCGUGUUCGUCCCCUCUGCAUAUCGCUGCCUCGUGUGGUUCCAGUAGAUAUUUUUGGAGUGUGCAGUAGUUGCAAAAUCUGGUCCUUCCAAAACCACGCUGUUCUCAUUUUCUUCUGCGAGCAAGCUUUAGCAGUUCGAGGCGUGUGUGUCAGACUGGAGCACACACUCCCACUUACUUAAUGAAUGAAAUGGUUUGACAUGGUACACUCUUCUGAUCUAUGUAAAGUAAAGGCUGCACUCCAGGGAACUUUAUUUGUCUUUUACAUCUGAUCACAGGAGAUUUUUUUUAAACUUUUUUUUUUCUCUUUUUGUGCUUUGUUAAAUCACUUAAAUGUGUGGAGGGGUUUUAUUACUUGGUUUCAUGCCUUUUACUUUUUGAUUUUGCCUUGAAUGUAGUAGAUAUGUGUCCAGCCUGUUAGACACUGUAAGUGCUAACUGGAGUUUUUAAGAAGGAUUUCUGUUUGUUUUUUUGCUGGAUUCAUCACAGCAUUGUGGUGUGGCUCUCUGAAUGUUUUAGCCAUUAAACAUGGUGUAAGAAUUUUAUAUUUAUGCGGUUGUACAUUUUGUUUCUUUGCAGAAUAUUGUAAUGUAUAAAUGCAAUACCAAAGUGAAGAGUUGAAGAGAGUGUUUAUCAGAAGCAAUGCAGUACUAAUUUUUAGGAUCUCAUCAUGUUAAGUGCUAAAGUCAAUGUCUCGCCUUGCAACCUUUUUCAAUAGUUAUUCUUGAUUUGUAUCAUGGCCAUGAAUGUAGUUAGAAUGAUCAGGUAACACGCAGUUUAAUUCCACACUGACCUGAUGUUCAUGCAUUUCAAAAAAAGAUUGAGUUCUUAUAAAGCUGUGGCUUUAGAUGACUAAUGAUGUUGGCUUUAAUAUAACAUAGUGUCUCAUGUUGAUGUGGAACGCUCAACUUGAACUUUAACAUCAGUCAACUUUCCAUCAGUUCAUCCACCUUUGUCAUUUAAUCAAAGAUAGAAACAAAUAAAAUCAUAAUUGACCUUU